AAACUUUACACUUGGCACAAUAAAGAGAAGCAUGAUUUGUCACUCCAGAGAACACGUCUCCACUGCUCUAGAGUCCAGUGGCGGCGUGCUUUACACCACUGCAUUGCACUUGGUGAUGUAAGGAUUGGAUUCAGCUGUUCGGUGAUGGAAACCCAUUCCAUGAAACUUUCUAUGCAUUGUUGUUGUGCUAAUCUGAAGUUUGGAGGUCUUUAGCUAUUGACUCUGCAGACAGUUGGGGACUUCUGCGCACUGUGCACUUCAGCAUGCGUUGACUCUGCUCUGUCAUGUUAUGUGGCCUACCACUUGGUGUCUGAGUUGCUGCUGCUCCCAGUUGCUUACCCUUUGUUAUAAUACCACUAACAGUUGACUGUGGAAUAUUAUUAGCAAGGAAAUGUCACGGAUGGAUUUAUUGCACAGAUGGCAACCUAUCAUGGGACCACGCUUGGAUUCACUGAGCUCCUGAGAGCGACCCAUUCUUUCACAAAUGUUUGUAGAAGCAGUCUGCAUGCCUAGGUGAU